UCCUAUGUACAACCGGCCCUUGUGGCCAGAACGCGAUGUGUAGAGAUGUCCCUGAUUCGUAUGUAUGUACCUGCCAUGCUGGCUAUACGGGUAACCCUGGUCUAGUCCCAGGUGUAGGAUGUAUAGGUGAGUAUCAUGGAAAUUAUGUAGCCCUAAAAAUACGUGACAGUAAAUUUCUUUUGAAUAAAAUACAUUUAAACUAUUGCAAUCCCUCAAUCGCCGAAUGCAUUGUUUACGCGUGGUCGUAUGUAUGUAUGACUAUAGAUAAGGUUGGCAGAUAAAUUCUUAAAUAAGUACGUAGUCCCAGAGAUAUAGUACAAAAAAAUUAUUAAAGUGCUUAUUUUUUGUUAUUUUUGGUGUUGUUUUCGAAAAGUAUAUGAGCUUAUAUACUUUUGUGUUAUUUUAUUUUGUGUUUUAUUAUGUAUUUUUUAAGUUUUUGUACUCAAUUUCUUCGUGCGUAUUUAGGAAUAUCAAAUAAUAAUAUAGUCAUACUUAUGACCGCGCGAAAACAUUGCAGUCGGGAACUGAGUAGUAGUAGUAAUAGUUUAAAUAAAUUUUAUUCAACAGAAAUUUAUUACCACUGGGUUAUACCUAGGCAAAUACAUGCAUGCAGCAAUCCUUCAAAUCGACCUUUAGCUCCCCAUUAUCACAGAGUAGAUAAGACAUACAGAGACGUAACUGACCGUUGUAAACACUGCGGAAGAUUACGUUAUCAUGUACCCACUUUUUUUCAUGCGACCGGGCGAAAAAUGAUCAACUGCGCGUGCUCAGCAAGUUUAAAGUGAGUCGUCAUCAGGUCGUCAUCCAAUCAGAUGCAUGCAUCUAGUAACUUGCCGAGCAUGCGCACAAAAAAAGUGGGUACACUAGUUACGUCUCUGUAUGUCUCUACUCUGUGCCAUUAUUAUUCCAGCAAAAUCCACUUUGUAAUUAAUUUUGAAACAAAUGCAAGCGAUAUAAGUUUAAAUUUGUUUUACGACGACGUUUCGAUGCUAAUUCUCGCAUCAUUUUCAUGUUGCAGUAAUUUAUAAUUUAUAAACGGUUUGUCUCACGUUGGCAAACUAUUGCGUAAGUAUUCAAAUUUUAUCUAGGAGUUUCUAUCGCAAGGAAAGUGCUGCCUCAAACAUGACAAUACAAAAUAUAUGUUUAUUUUACUGACACGAGGUACUUUUUCAAAGAAUAGAAUUAACUUUAUAUUAACAGAUUGUGGAGUGGAUGUUUGUUUAAUACGCUUGCAUGCUAAUUGAAAGUUUUAGCGCAAGCUAAACUUCCCGAGCGAUCGACGCAAAGUCGAGAUCUCAACAUUGUAUAGACUAUAGAUCGCGCAUUUUGGAUUGUAUAAUAAAGACUAUACUGGAAGUGAUCAUAUAAACAUUAUGAAUAUGUCAACGUCUUUGUUGCAUGUACCGGCAAUCAUUCGUCAUUCGUAUUCGAAUCGGCUUAAUAAACUCAAUCUACACACUACGUUUCAUGCGACUACGGAGAAAUAUAAGACCUUUAUGCCUUCCCUCUAAAGUAGCGAAUAUUAAAGAUUAAUUACAGUUGAUUUCAUAUAACUUUUCCGUGAAUGUUGCGAACUUCGUUCCGAACUUCGUUGUGAAGUGGUCCCUUCACAAAAAUAAGCCAAUUAGAGGCUUUGUUUACAUACGGGCUUAUGAAUUUCAUUAUGAACUUUUGAACUUCACAACGAAGUUCGGAACGAAGUUCGCAACAUUCACGGAAAAGUUAUAUGAAAUCAACUGUAAAGAUAGUAUUUUCCUGGCAUUUAGGCUUGAGUUUAGGCUAGCUUCCUGCGCUCUGUUUGCUGGGCAAAGUAUUAAUAAUAGACACACAUCAAGACAUUCAACACGUAGUUGGAUUAAUCUGGCUAGGGGUAACGAUUCCCCUCAGCCGCUUUAUUAAUAUUUAACUUUCAAAAAUUAGGAUUCAUACAAUAUGUCGAUCGAAUUAAAAUGUUCUUAAACAGUUCUGCCCAGGAAAGGUGAGGGCAAAAUUACGCCAUUACUUACAAAAUAGGCAAUAAACAUUAACAAUAAUGACAGAUGCAGACAUGGGGAGGAGGAGGGUUAUUAAUAAAUUUGAUAUCUUCACACAGUGGUAGAAUGAAUAUGACUGAUGUGAACCGCAUGGAAGAAUGGACUAUAAACCCUCUUUUUCAGCCAUCUGCUUGAUCAUUCCGCACCCUAGGGACAUUCUAGCCAUUUCCUUUGUAUGACAAUUGUUAUCUUUUCACCACCUGCUUAUCAAUUAUAAUAACCAACCUAUCUAUCCCCAUGUCUCAGACGGAAAGGCAUAAAAUUCCUAUGAGCAAGCAAAUAUUCUAUUUAUAUGAACAAUUUUUUAAAUUUCAAGUUGCAUAGCGACAAGAGACCUAAACUCCAAUUUUAUUGGGUUACUCAAAUUAAAGCAAGACUUUAAAUUAUGGUUUGAAUGUUUUCUGGCUGCACAUUUGCAUGUGCGCGUCACGUGCAGCCUGUUUCGUUCAAGUCAUGUACAAGCACACUGUCACGUUUAGUGUGAUUACUGAUUACUGAAAUUUUCAAUAUAUAUUCACACGUUUCUUGGCUACACUUUGGAAUAAUAAAAAGUGCGUAUUCCCUAUGCUUCGAAGGAUACUCAAACAAAUCCGUGAAGAGAUAAUUAUAUUUAGAGAUUUGAAAGCAAUUUGUUCGCGAUUUUCUUGGCGCGUGUAUAUUCUUUAUAGUUUAAUUCGUUGGCUUUCGAAUCUAUGCAUUUCAGUUACGUUACAAGAAGGUAAAUAUUUCGAGAUAACCGAUCGAAUCCAUAAUCAGAGUAUAGCAUCUUAACAUUUUAUCAGCUGACUAGAAAAGAUUUAUCAAAGCAACGCCCCCUGUUGUUUUUCUUAGAACUUUAUUAAUUACACAAUUUUCCAAAUGUCUUUGUAAAAUCUUGUCAUAUAAGAAACCGCAAUAUUUUUGAGAUCACCCACGAGAGAUAGUGACGCCCGACAUCAUUGAGAGACUUUUCACUCCGCUAAAUUAAUUAAAUUUCAUCUUCUGCCGCUAUAAAUCAUACAAAGUAUACACAACUGACCUCUUGUUUGAGAGAGAAAAGAACAAUUUUUUAAAUAAGACAAAAAUAAUUUGAUAAGGAGUAGUAUUCAGAGAAUUAUUAAAGGAAAAUGGAUUUAUAAAUUGUGAUUAAAAAUUUGCGAAUUCCAUUUUCUUAUUCCUCUCUUGUUUUUUAGAUAUUCCUGAAUGUCUAAUUCCGAGUCAUAAUUGUGACGCGAAUGCCAGGUGCACUGAAACGCCUGGAUCUUUUAAUUGUACUUGCAAUGAAGGAUUUUUCGGCGAUGGAAGAACUUGCCAAGGUAAUGAUUAUUCUUAAUUCUCUUUCUGAUGUCCCGAUGUUCAUUUAUUUCCUUUCAUUACUGCCACUUCUUCUUAUUACAUCCAACAUACGUACUUUAGGCAAACAAUUGAGAAAUGUAUCUGUCAUCUUUCUUAACAAGCUUAACCUUGCCAACCAUAUCGAAGAUCUAUUUUGUAUAAAUUGUAAAUAUUUACUAAAUUGUAAUUGUAUUCAUUACUAACUAUUUUUUUCUCAAAUGUAAAUAGUCGUAAUCUUUAAUACUUUUUAUGCCUGUAAAUAUCAAAAUAGUGCGAGGGCCGUAUGUUAGAUAACUUUUACGGUUAAUACGUUUUCCCUCGUGAAAUAAAAUUUCCAUUCUAUUCUAUUCUAGUUCUAAUACUCCCUGCAUUUAUUUACAUAUAUAUUUAUACAGUGGAAAUUUUAUUUUUUCCGUCUUUAGAUCUGGAUGAAUGUGCCAUUAAUCCAGGACGAUGUGGCCUCAACGGUGUUUGUAGAAACACAAUUGGAAGCUUCGUUUGUGAUUGCGUAUCUGGAUAUAGAUGGAAUGGAGCUACUUGUGUUGGUAUGUAGUUUAUAUACCAAAUUUUAGUGAUGGAUACUUGUCGUUAAUUCUUAAAAGAAAUAUUUUUGUCGUAACAAAAAGACGGUAAUCAUCCCAUAGUAACCUUGCAAACUAUGACAUGUCUUCAUGAUUUUAUUUUAUGUAUUAUUACGUAAAAUUUAUUAUAAGGAAAAAAUCACUUCCGGUGAAAUGGGGGACUGUGAUUGGCUAAGAAAGACUUUCGGCCGCCAUUAUUUUCCCGUAAUGGACCAGCAGUCCAUUACGUAAAAACAAACGCAUGUAUUUCAAAAAACAAAACAGCAAAACUAUAGCUAAUUCAAAAUUUGAAAAUUAUAAUUUAAUUUCCCAUUAAUAAGAUAUCUGCGAUUGGUUUUAGUGGAAAAGAAGGAAUACAUUGGUUUUUUCCCUUCGACCAAAUGUGUAGUACCACGCUAUUAAUAAGCAUUUCAAAUCAUGCACUUCCUGUUUGUUUCAAAUACAAAUGCCAUAUAAUAAACUUUUUAUUAAUUUCGCGUAUUCGGUAUAUACAGAGAAAUAUCGGACCUCGGUCUUUUUGCACAAACUUCGUGCUACGGGCUCGGUCUGUACAAAACAGGACCUUGGUCCGAUAUUUCUCUGUACAGACCUCGCGUUCGGUUAAUAAAAAGAUAAUAUUUUAACUUGUUAAUUGUUCUAAAUUAUAAUCAGCAUAAGUGCCCUAAAGUGGGAUAUUACGCGUAAUUCGAUAAGCUAAUGCGCGUGCAGUUUAACGUAAUUAAUAAUGAAUUGUCCUGGUUUGUCUCUGGCUUCUUUGCAGUAGCGUAACGAUAAUUUGGUAGGGUUAGUUCAAAAACUAUGGGUCCCAGACAGUUAGGGGCCCCCAUCAGCCACGGCCUAUCGCCCAGAAAAUUUAAACGCCAAAAAAUUCAGGUUAACAAUCAAUGGGAAAAUGCAAAAUUGAUUGAUUGAUUGGUUUAUUAAAAAAUUACAUAACAGCUAAAAAGCUGAAUUGCGUAAUUAAAAAGUUAUUUACAAAAAUGUUAUAUUAUUAUCAAUAUUACUAAAUUUAAAAACAACUGACUGUCAGUAUAAUCUAAAAGUUUUUCUGCGUUCUUCCUAAUGCAACUCUGUACGAUAAAAGUUUCUCGGAACCUAUUAGUUUGAUAUUUCGGCAAAUCAAACAUUCUAGGAUGUCGUAAGUUAUAUUUAGUACUUUCGCAACGUUCUGGCAAAAGAUUGUAAAGUUUAUGAUAUUAUGCUGAACAUGACAUGGGUUUGCCGAAACGUUUUAAAAUUGAAAUAUUUCAAAUAUUGUAUAUUUGAAAAGUGGUAAAUUAAUUAUUCAUCAAUUUACAAAGUCAAGAUAGUUACUUAAUUGCUACCUUUCUUGCUUUCAAGACAUCAAUGAAUGUAACGAGAAUCUGGACAAUUGUCAUUCUGCUGCUAUUUGCACGAAUACUAUUGGCUCAUACAGGUGUAACUGUCCAAUCGGACUAUCUGGUGAUGGACGUAAUUGUGAAGGUAAAAACCAGUCUAACCUGUUAAACAAAUAUAAUGUCAGAUGUAGGUGUCAGGUGUCUCACUGCUCGCUGAAAACAGUUCUUGAUUAAUUAGGAACCAUCCCUUUGGUUCUUGAAUCUUGUUACUUGUUUAUAAUCAGCUUGUGUUUUGUUUUCGAUAAAGGAAGUUUUACAACACAUUCUGUUUUAAUUAUACUAGUCAUAUCUACUGAGCAUCUACACCCGCCACCACCCACCCCCCCCCCCCCCAUCCCCGCAACUCCCCAACCACAAAAAAUGAACUAACCCUUAGGUUCCAAAAUUAUAAAAAAAUGCGCUCUAAGAAGCUCCAUAUUCAAUAUACCGUAACAUUCUGGAUUUGUUCUCCUAAAUUCAUCGUUUUAAUCACGAACCUUGCAGCUGGUUAUUGUUCAAUUCUUAUACAAUUUCUCGAGGAAUAAGUUGCAUGGAAUUUCGGGACUUACGAUUUUCGCAUUCACAUGGCAAUAUUUUCGCAUUUGUGUCCUACAAUGUUCACCAGUAAUUUCCCCAAACAUGUGAAAGAAUCUCCCACGUACUUGAAAUGUCGACCUCAUAUCCCCAAAAUGUCUUUUGUAUCAAAUAUCAACUCUUUUGUGCUAGAUGUUCUAGGAAAAUGGUAAACAUUUUCAAAUCGCAGAUAACUGUUCGAUAACUGAUCGACGUUUUUAAUGUAUUGUGUAGUCAUCUUAAAUCAAUUUUGAUAGCGUUUAUUGCUUUCAGUGUGACGCAUUGCAGUGGGACUCAUUGCUUUUUAUUUGACAAAAUACUCAGUUGUUCCUACAAUUUCUAGAUGUUCUUGAAUGCAGUUUUUCAGCAGGGGCUUUUCCCUGUCAUGCACGAGCUAAUUGUAUUGAGACGUUUGGUUCGUAUAUAUGUCGGUGUAUGGAUGGCUACACUGGAAAUGGACUAUUAUGUACCGGUAAUUACUUAUAACUCUUAUAGCUACAGUACCAUACUUAAGUUACUCAAACCAAUUUUAAUAAUUUGAAGUCCAAUAAUCACAAAUUGAGAGUAAAAGUUGAGGUUACGGUAGUGGUUUGGGUUUGUGUUACAUUCGUAUUAGGUUUAUUAUUCGAUAUUACGUGAAAUUUUUUAACCAAAUACGCAACGACACCAUGCACUGACAACUUGAUUGGCGACUUUAUUAAUAAAACCUUCAUAUAUAGGCUACACGGCAAAAAACGAUCAGGUUGUUGCAAUAUUGAUGCAAAAAAGGAUUGAACAAUGCUUUGCUACACACAGUGUUCACAGUUGUCAACAAUAUUGAACAAUAUUGUUGCACCUGAUUCAGGCUCAACAAUAUUGUUCAAUAUUGUUAACAAGUGCAUGUGAACAACGUGGGCAGCAAAACAUUGUUCAAUCCUGUUAAACAGCGGGCUCAGCGUUUUUAGCCGUGUAAGAGAAAAAGUAAACGUUGCAGAUAUUUUUCUCAUUGUAAAUAAAGAUGGCAAUCAAGAUGUUAUACCACAUAUCUUGAUAUGUUAGCAAACUAAAUGGUUCGGGAUAUGGUGGGCGUUCGAUUCCCACUUUUCGGGUUUGAUUCCCACAUUCGAGUGGAUGGUUUUCCUAGGGCGCCUCUGGUAGCCACCUUAAGACUCGUGUUUGAUCAUCGCGCACAGCGACGGUGGAGGAGUUAGUUUGGCUUCGUCCAAAACCACCCUGCAGUCCAUAUUUCAUGUGGGAAGAAACCGGAGUAAACCUACGGCAUUUGGUAGAGCGUUGACACGUUAGGUCCAUGAGUCCGCAGCGAGAACCCCCGCACUUUCAGAGAUGAAAUGCGCCAACGAUUGCGCCACGUCGACGAAAUGCAUGUUAAACAAGAAAAAGUUUGUAGUAAGUUUACGUUCCCUGUAAAAUGCAUCCCAAUGACGACUUUCAGAAAAGAUUUAGUUUUAAAGCAGGAUAUUUUUCGAAUUCAUGCUACUGACUUUUUGAAGAAGUAUUUUGAUUCGCUUCAAACAUUGGCAUCAUCAGGGGUGAUCUGAACUCGCAAUGUGACUUCUUAUAUACCCAUGGGAUGACGUCUUCUGCCAACAAGAUGGAUAUAUUCUUGUGUGGAUCGACCAGUUCUUAUGGACGAAAGAAGUUGCAUGACUUGCUGAUGUAAUGAACUUAUGCAGUUUUAUUUCAUGCAUCUCAGCACCAUUAUACCAGUUCUCACAAAAAAAUGUACCAGUUCUUUAUAAGUUUUAUAAUAAUGCACAUGAAAAGAUUUGUCAAAUCUGAUUGGCUAAGUGCAGUGCAAUGUUUUCGAAAUGAAGUGCCAAAAAGUGAAAUGCAUGCAGUGCAAAAAGUGAAAAUAAUACAAAAAACCCAAACAUUACGAGUGGAAAAAUUUUCUAAUAAAAUUGUUUAAUUAUAUUAAAAUUAGCUAUUUCGCAUGAGAUCUACACGCAUGGACAUGACUGCAUAAUAUUUUCAAGUAUGUUAUUAAUAAGUAAUAGUACGGUUUCCGUGGAAUUUGGAAAAACGUGCACUAGCUCGAUCGUGAGUUUUCAAAGACUUCAAAUUGCACAGUCGUCCUUCGGACUCGUGCAAUUUUGAUCGUCUUUGAAAAACUCACUCGUGCAUGUUUUUCCCAAAUUGCACUUAAACCAUACUAUUACCUAAUACCUAUACCUAUUAAAUGUGUUUUUUAUAUAGACAUUGAUGAAUGUGACAGCGGUACAGAUGACUGUCAUGUGAAUGCCACUUGUAUCAAUGCAGUUCCCUCAUUCAUCUGUGUUUGCAAUCAGGGUUUCUCAGGAAAUGGGAGACAAUGUAACGGUA